GACGCGUACAAAGCCCUUUCUGUUCUUCGUACUGUACCACAGACGUGCAACAACCAUCAUGGCUCGACCCCGCCGAUGGCUCCGUAGCAGCAUCUGAACCCUCGGUGCUCGCGCGGGUUAGGGUCACGCAACCUGUUCACACGCACACAGGCUCCACUGCCGCGCGCACGCACACGCACACACACACAGACAGACACACCUCGCGUCCAGAUGCGUCCCGGGCUGGCGGGUUUAGCGGCGGAGAUGCUGAGCGGGGCUUCGUGCAGGCUCAGGCCGAGGCUCGGCAGCCGCUUGCUGGCCCCGGUCACCAAGACAGCGCCGCCGCCGCCGUCCAGCGCGGAGAGCCCCCGGUUCCGCUCCACGUCCUCGGUGCAGGGCUUCACGGAGCUGGCGAGGGAGCGGUCCAAGUCCGUCACGUCGUUUUACAACCAGUCCGCCAUCGACGUCUCCGCAGAGAAGGCCUCAGUGCGACUGACCUUAGCCACCCUGUUGUAUUCUGGGAAGUCUCCUGAUGGACAUCACAUCUUGAGCAGUGCCAAGUACCUACACAAAGAGCUGCCUGUACGAAUCGCUCAUCGCAUCAAGGGCUUCCGCAGUUUGCCCUUCAUCAUUGGCUGCAACCCCACAAUUCUGCAAGUGCAUGAACUGUAUAUCAGAGCGUACCACAUGGUCAGUGAAUUUCCACAGAUCAAAGAUCAAGACGUUGAUGCUCGUUUCUGUAAACUGGUGCAGCAGCUCCUGGACGACCACAAAGACGUGGUCACCAUGUUGGCUCAGGGCUUCAGGGAGUGUCGCAGACACAUCCAGGAUGAGACAAUUAUCCGCAGCUUCCUGGAUACAACGCUCUGCUCUCGUCUGGGAAUCCGAAUGUUGGCCACGCACCAUCUCGCCCUCCACGAAGAAAAUCCUGAUUUUGUCGGGAUGAUAUGCAGACGCCUCUCUCCCAAAAAGAUCAUCGAGAAGUGGGUGGACUUUGCCAGACGUCUGUGUGAGCACCAGUAUGGGAACUCGCCCCGGGUGAGGAUCAACGGACACGUAGCCGCUCGUUUCCCCUUCAUCCCUCUGCCUCUGGACUACAUCCUGCCCGAGCUCCUCAAGAACGCCAUGAGGUCCACCAUGGAGAGUCAUUUGGACACCCCGUACAAUGUGCCUGAUGUGGUCAUCACUAUUGCCAAUAAUGACCUUGAUUUUGUCAUCAGGAUUUCAGACCGUGGUGGUGGAAUCCCUCACAAUAUAAUUGACAAAGUGAUGGACUACCACUUCAGCACCGCAGAGGAGAGCGCGCAGGACCCUCGCAUGAGCAACCUCUUCAACAACAUUACCAACAGUGGAAACCAGUCCAGCCCGAUGCAUGGGUUCGGCUUCGGCUUGCCCACGUCUCGGGCCUACGCUGAGUACCUGGGCGGCUCCUUGUCCAUACAGUCUAUGCAGGGCAUCGGCACUGACGUCUACCUGCGUCUGCGCCACAUUGACGGCAAAGGAGAGAGCUUCAGAGUGUAAAGCUCCCCCCCCAACCUGGGAUUCAGGCCAUGCAGGAGGUCAGAGGGGCUUCCUCCUCCGGGGAGGCUGGCAUGGACUACAGGACUUUGGUCCACAGAGUGAUAGCCGACACAGUAUGUUGUCAAAAAAAGAGCUCCUAAUUUCACCAACCCACUACUACGUUUGUAUUUUGUUGUUUAUUUCUGCCUUAGACUGAUUAUAAGCUAUGUUAGCUGUCAACUUGAUGAUUUCAAUUGUUUUUUCCUUUUUGUGUAUUGUACCCUGUGGCUUGUUGUCUUGAAGUUUUGCUGGGGGGUGGGGGGUGUGUAUGAGCGUUUGAUUGUGUAGGUUCAUGGGACAAACUGUGCAUGACAGUGAUAGUUAGCUAGAGAGGAAGGAGAGGUUCACUGUGAAGUUACUUGUUGCAUAAGCCUCAAAAUCGGAACGGGCGUUUUGAUGGAUAACUGUUUCAAAUGUAUCUUCUGAGACACUCCAGCGACCCUGUCGAAAUCUCCUCAACGCGUGCGACGCCGCCCACGUGCUCCACGACCGUUUGGAUCAACAGAUCCUCGCAGUGCGUUACCCGCCGUUGGUUUUUAGUGUAUAAGGGACGAUUGCGUACGUUUGCAGUAACAGACGGUAGUUUCACUUCAGGGUCUUUAUAUUUAAGGAGACAUAUGAUGCUUUUUUUCCGUUCGUCUUUCCUCCGAGUCUGGAAGGGACGAAGCCUUCUGUCCGUACUCUGUGUUCUUUUUGUCAGUAUUUGUGCUCGUCUUCUGAAGGUUUACAGAUACAGACGAAACAGCAGUAGCACAGGAAAUUGGGGGCAGUGUAGCCAAUAAGCGAGGAAACCAAUGGACAUGCAAACAUUUCAAGUAAUAAAGAUUAGGAACCUGAAUAUGAGCAGAAUAUGUCUCCUAUUAAAGACCAAACACCUGCCAGGAUGUGCGACAAACCUCGGCCCUCGACAACCAGUAGCAUUAUUCUACAAACCCGCCUCCAGUUCAGUUCAGUUCAGCCGUGGCUGAGAAAAACACAGAAGAUAAAAACGCCAAAAAACACCACAUGCUCAUUAACAGAUUUCCGUCUUGUUCUGUUUUGAGAACACGAGACGACGAGACGACCGUCUUCGAUCGGCAGUAUAUGUUUGUGGAGCUUUCAGGCAGGGAAGCCAACCAAGAUGUUCAGUUGCCUUACAGUGUGACGCUUCGACUGCAUGCUUUUACUCUUCUCUGCUUUCUUUAUUUCUAUUAUUAUUAUUUUCCGUUGCCUUUAUUGGUUCACACAGAUGCAUGCCGUGUCAGUCAUUCAUUAGUUUGAUUAGUUUUUUUUUUUUUUCUGCACAAUGGUCAUAAAAAACGCUCAGCACCGAUCACAGCAGAUUUUGAGUUUAUUGUACACACCUUCAGAGUAACAAUAUACCAGAGAAGUAUUAUCUUGCAUUGUCUUCUAUUUCAAAUUUUUGUUUGUGUUUUUGAAGUAAGUUUUGUAUUAGAUCACAUUUCAGGAUGGGGCAGCAGCAGCAGCACCGUCAUCUGUGGGAGUUUAGAUCAGCGGCGGUUACUAAUAAUUAUCUCCAGAUCACGACUGAAUUUCCAUAAGACAACAAAUGGCCACAUGUGUAUUUUGUAUAGUUUAUUUUAGGAUUUUUUACCCCUUUUUACCUUCUAUUUAAAAAAAGAAAAAAAAAGAAGCAUCUCUACUUCCUCCCACUGUCCAGAAAUGAAGCUUAAAACAUCCUCGAUAUGAUCGUUCUCUAGCGAUCGAGGGAUGGAUUCAGGGUAGCGAGGUCCUGUCGUUUCACGUUUUGCAUAAAGAUGGUGGGAUUGUCUGUUCCGUAGCGAUUCUGCCAUCGAACAGGAACUUUCAGACGCUGUUAUAAGAUCUAACCAACACUUGGUUUGAAGCAUAUUGAGUCAUUUUGUUCCAGAAGUGCGUCACCAAGCAAAACUUAAGCAUUUUUGUAUACGCCAGGUUAUUAUCUUCAAAUAUCUUCAACACCAAACAUUUUGUUUGUGAUGUCAUUAUCUCAGGAUUACAGUCUUCUGAACUUUGUGGUCAGUCCAACUCGUUUUUUUUUUAUCAGUCAUUCCUUUUGACCUGAGGACAAACGGAUGAUUAUUUCAAAACAAAAACAUCCCUCUUACGGGAAAAGAGAAAAUAUAAUGUGAGAUAAAAUUAAUAUAUUCAAGUUGUGAUCUUUCCCCAAAAGUGAUUAGUAACCCUGGCCUCUGAGUUUCCAGUUUAAUUUACAAGAAUCCGUUUAUAAAUUUGCCCUUUUUCAGCAGAUGUCGUCUCUUUUUCAUCUGCGUAACAUUCCCCACUUGUUCUCACGCAGCAGAUCAACCUGAUGUGACGUCUACUCGUGUCCUGGGAGCAUGUGUCAUGAUGCUGUUCAUCUUUUUGAUUUGAAAAGAUGUUGGAAAUCCAAACGGGAACAUCUGUGAACUUUGUAAAAAUCACAUGACCUUGUGUUCAAAGAAGUUAGUUUUUCGUUUUUUUGGCUGUGAGAGAUUCACCCUGUGCAUUAUCGGUUAUAUCACUGGCCUGGAGCUGUAAUAUUUUAAAUCCCUAAAAUUAUAAACGGAAUAAUGGAAAAAGGACUGUUUGUUUCACAAGUUAUGAAUAAUGGAGGAUUCUGAAAUGUUUUAAAUCUUACAAAUCAAGUAACCGGUUCCCUUGAAUGUGCUUUAUUUCUCUUUCCAGUGCGUUUACAUACAAAAUGUUCCUUUAAGUUUAAGAUGAGAUUUUGUGAAAACACAAGUGAACCAGUUAUUUCAGUUGUUCGAGUUCAGUGACACAAUCUGAUUGAGUUAGUGAGAGGUUCGUCUUUAUUUGACCAUUUUUAUGAAGCAUAACUUGUUUAACUGUGUAACCUGUAUUCUUUGCCGAGGCCAUGUGUAUGACUUCAUGUGUUUUUAUUGUGGAUUUGAAGGUCUUGAAGAUGUCGUAGCUUGUGCAUGUGAAGCUGAGGGGGGGGGUUAACACCACGUAGCUGAAACAUGGAUUAAAGUCUGUGUCCUUUUUCAGGCCCGUGAUAAAGGUUUUUCUUUCUUCUAUUCCACCAGGAUGUAACUUCUUGAAUUUGGAAACCUGCAAUAUCAUGUAUGAAGCAUUGAAACGUGUGCACUGGCUGCCCUCUGUUGGCCUAAAAAAGAAGUGUAUCCAGGCUGAGCAUCGUUUCAGUUUGUAAAGAAAAGGAAAAGAGGUCAUGCAACGUAAAAAAAAAAGAAAGUUUAUUUCCAUUUUCCAGGUUUGGGGUUUGUUAUUUUUGCAGAUAGAAAUGAAGAUGAGUCAUGUGACUGAGAAAAAGUGCUGCCAUGAUGGAAUGUUUUUGUCUCCUUGACUGAAAUUGGCUUCUCCCACAUGUUUUCUGUUAUGUUGAGGAAAUUUUAGACAUUAAAUUUUAUUUGGUUGGAA